AUGAGCGCUUUCCAACUUGUUCCCAGUCAUCCAUCUACAUUCCAGCUCACGGUCACGAGCCCUACCGCUGGCUCUACAUAUCUCUCGACCGUCUUGAACUCAGAUUCUGUGAUGUUCGAGACUUCUCGUAUGCCUGAUUGGCUGGCAGAACCUGGCGCGCGUCGUCUCCGGGAGAUCGACGAUAGUGCAUCCUCUGGGGCACCGAACUCAAAGGACCUCGCUUCUUCAAUCGAGCUGGAUUUAGACUCGCUAGCCAGGCUCUCGACCGAGCUCCGGCGGACGUCCAAUGCACAUAACUCUCGCUUACUGAAGCUGGCGCCGGAGAUUAUUCUGGAAAUCUUGACCUUCGCCGCCGCCCUCGAACCCGUCAGCAGGAAAUCUCUCGGAUUUAUGCGUCUGGGUCAUAUCUGCUAUCGACUUCGCAUGACUCUACUAGGCAUGCGCUGGCUCUGGGCCUCGGUCAUCUGCGACGUCGGACCGCGCGCCUGGGGGGAAGUGCUACGACGUGCCGGGAAUACUCCUCCGACCCUCAGGCUUAAAGAUAGCAAAGAAGCUCCCGCCGAUUCACUCAUCGAGUACGUGAAGGUCAAUAAGACUCGCGCACAUCGACUCAAAGUCGUCGAGCACCAUUCUUCCAUUAUCUCAUGGCACGACUCGCCGCACAACCUCUCCGGGAUCCAUUUCCCUGACUUGGUAGACCUUCACGUGGAAGCCAAGCAUAGGCCUUCACGGGACCCGCUCUGGCUCGCAACCGACUGUUACGAACUGGACCCAAUACACGCGCCUAAGCUUAGAAGGCUUCAUCUCGUCAAUAUCUGCGUUCCCUUCUCACCCGAGAACUUGACGGUAUUGGAACUCAAGCGCCACCAAAAUUACACCCACGUACCCAUUCCCAACGGCGACGAUAUACUCCCGUCUCCUGACUUCUUUCUCUCACUCAUGAGGCGUUGCGUGAAUGUCGUGGAGCUUUCUAUGACAAACAUGAUCCCUGCUGUCUCCGCUUUACCGUCGGAUCUUCGAGCCGCAGACGCCAUCAUCUCGCUCCCUUGCCUCAAACGUUUGACUCUGCUGGACAAACUCUCUAGACUCUUGGACUUGUGGUCGCAUCUCUCGAUUCCCCCUAACACGGCGAUUCAGCUCGGGGUGGACUAUAUCAGCUCCCCUUCCUUCUCGGACUCCCACGUCAACGAGCAACGGUCGUCAGUCUUCCCCGCAUUGCUCGACCACCUUGAACGCAGCGACCUGUCCGAUGCCACUGCGCUCUAUUUCAAAAUGGAUAAGGCGCGUCGCAAGAUGUCUUGCGUUCUAUACAAGCGGAAUCCUGGCGUCACUCUCGGGGAGCGGUCUCGCUUGCUCUUGCAUGGCGAUUCGUCUACCGACUCCGUAUUCGUGGGUGUCCACUUCUAUAAGUGCGCCUGGGGUAGGAACUCCACACUAGAGCGAACCAUAACAUCUGUUCCUGCGUCGACAUUUGCCAAGAUUGACACGUUACAACUUGACGACAUCCCCAACCUCAACCUCGUCUACCUUCUGGAACGUUUACCUCGUUUGAACACUCUCGUACUGAAUGGCAUUGAUCGCGACCGCCUGAUGGCGCUCUCGCCCUUCGCGUGCUUUCCCCAUUCGCCCCAGUCUAUCAUCAGCCCUGUUCUCGCACAUCUCUACCUAACUGGAGUGCACCUGUGCGACCCAUCGAAACACAGCACUUUGCCAUGCGCGCGCGACAUACUUGAACUCCUGAGCUCUCGUAAAGGCGUCGGUCAACCCCUCCAUUCGAUCACAUUCGAGCGCUCGGCGCUGAACAUGACCACAUCCGAACUCGCCUCCUUCAACGCAUGCAUGAAGAAACUAGUCCACACCGUCAGGUUUCUGAAUCCGAAGGCAUAA